AUGUCCUCCGGCGCCGGGGUUGCUGACCACGAACGACAGCGCGAGCCCGUCUUCCCCACGCGGCAGGCGCUGGGGUUGAUGAAAGGCAAGCUGAAGGGUGCACAGACUGGACACAGCUUGCUCAAGCGCAAAAGUGAAGCUUUGACAAAGCGGUUUCGAGAAAUCCUAAAGCGCAUCGAUGAAGCCAAACGGAAGAUGGGACGAGUCAUGCAGAUCGCCGCCUUCUCUCUCGCCGAGGUCACAUACGCCGUUGGCGGUGAUAUUGGGUUCCAGGUCCAAGAGUCUGUCAAGAAUGCAAAGUUCCGGAUAAGGACCAAGCAAGAGAACGUCUCUGGUGUGUUCCUGCCGCAGUUCGAGGGGUACCAGAAGGAAGAGAUCAACGACUUUGGCUUGACCGGCUUGGGCAAGGGAGGCCAGCAAGUGCAGCGGUGCAGAGAAACAUACACCCGGGCCGUGGAGACGUUGGUGGAGCUUGCCAGCUUGCAGACCGCUUUCGUCAUCCUCGACGAGGUCAUCAAGGUCGUGAAUCGAAGAGUCAACGCCAUUGAGCACGUCAUUAUCCCGAGAACGGAGAACACCAUCAAAUAUAUCAAUUCCGAGCUCGACGAGCUUGACAGAGAGGAGUUCUACCGGCUGAAGAAAGUCUCGAACAAGAAGCAGCGCGAUCAAGCAGCUGCUGACGCCGAGAUCCGGGAGCAGCGAGCGAAGGAGACGCGGCAGGAGAACGGCGAGGCCAAGGAAAACGGCACAGAGCCAGUGGACGUGCUUGGGGAGCACGAGGAUGACGAUGUGAUAUUCUAG